AAUAUCAGUAUGGGUGUGGUAAUCGUACUGUGAAUUGCCUUGAAUCUCGUAAAUUUGGCGCCCGAGGCCCUGUUUUGGAUGUAAAUAAGACGAAAUGAGCAAGUUAAUAUUUUGAAACGAUUACUUAGCGCAUAAGGACAUCGUUACGUACGGCAGGAGGAAUUAGUAGUGUUGUUACAGCAGGUCUUUGUCAGUGUUAUUAAGCAGAAGGGAGUGAAUUGCUCAGAAGAUCAUGAGUGAGCUGGAGCAGUUGCGGCAGGAGGCGGAGCAGCUGCGCAAUCAGAUCAGAGAUGCCAGGAAAGCAUGCAGCGACUCCAGCCUGUCCCAGAUUACGGCUGGUCUGGAUUCAGUGGGAAGGAUCCAAAUGAGAACGAGGCGGACACUUCGAGGCCAUUUAGCGAAAAUCUACGCCAUGCACUGGGCUACUGAUUCCAGGUUACUAGUUAGUGCCUCUCAAGAUGGCAAACUCAUCAUUUGGGACAGCUACACCACAAACAAGAUGCAUGCCAUUCCCUUACGAUCAUCAUGGGUGAUGACUUGUGCAUACGCUCCUUCAGGGAACUACGUAGCCUGUGGAGGCCUGGACAACAUCUGCUCCAUCUACAGCCUUAAAACCCGUGAGGGCAACGUCAGAGUUACCAGAGAACUGCCCGGACAUACAGGUUAUUUGUCCUGUUGCCGCUUUUUGGAUGACAGCCAGAUAGUUACCAGCUCUGGAGAUACCACAUGUGCGCUGUGGGACAUUGAGACCGGUCAGCAGACUACCACGUUCACAGGGCACAGCGGAGAUGUGAUGAGCCUGUCCCUCAGCCCAGACUCCAAGACCUUUGUGUCGGGCGCCUGUGACGCGUCCUCUAAACUGUGGGACAUACGAGACGGAAUGUGCAGACAGUCUUUCACCGGACACGUGUCUGAUAUCAAUGCAGUCUGUUUCUUCCCAAAUGGUAAUGCGUUCACCACGGGCUCUGAUGACGCCACAUGUCGGCUGUUUGACCUUCGUGCGGACCAGGAACUGAUGAUGUACUCUCAUGACAACAUCAUCUGUGGCAUCACCUCUGUGGCCUUCUCCAAGAGCGGCCGCCUGCUGUUGGCUGGCUACGAUGACUUUAAUUGCAAUGUGUGGGACACGUUAAAGGGAGAGCGUGCAGGCGUACUGGCUGGGCACGACAACAGGGUGAGCUGUUUGGGUGUGACCAGUGAUGGCAUGGCUGUGGCUACCGGUUCUUGGGACAGCUUCCUCAGGAUAUGGAACUGACCUCACUGGGCGGGACUCCGGGGAGACACUCUUUCCAAUCACAGUCACUGUAGUGUACCGCUGCCACACAGGACCGCCCCCUUUACUUCUUCCUCCUACAGAUGGCCUGGUUUUCUUCAUCUUCUCUUUCUUAGACCACACUAUCCUUCCAUUCUGCAGUCAGUCAAAGAGAUGAGGACCAGUACAGAAGACCCUCCAUUGGUUUCCUCUCUCUGUGUGUCUCUAGGGCUUCAUGUCAGACUCGAGAGGUGGGGUGGACAGCCUGUAUUGUAUAUAUCCGCUAUUCUUUGUGCUUGUAUGUAUAACAUAUGCACUUCUGACAGUGUUUGGAUGUUCUGGUGUGUGGAUAUUGGUUGUGGGUGUCUUGACUGUCCCCGUUUUCUUUUCCUGCUUAAAGAUUUUCUCCCAUUUUACCUUUUUGCCCCAUUUGAUCAGUUAUAUUUACCACGCAUUAGUCAAAUGUCAUGAACAGAAGGACUAGUUGUGUAGUGACGAACAUGAGGCUGACAAAGCAUUGUGGGUCAUUGGGUCAUAGAUUUUGCAUCAGUGUUGACGUCUAAAGGGAUAGUUCGCUCCAAAAUGAAAAUUGUUUACUCUGCCUCGUGUUGUUCCGAACACACUUGAUUUUUUUUGUUUUUAUAAACAAGUAAAUUGUGUCGAUCACCAACAACCUGCCUAACUUUUGUGUUCCACUGAAAAGAUUUUUAGUUUUGGGUGAACUAGUUUGUGUCGGCAUGACGUGUCUGCUGGUCUGUUCCACCGUCCAUAAAUGGUUGGUAGUGUGUAGUUAUGAGAGAAUGUGAUAUAACUAAGCUCAUAUUUGCCAUCCUUUAAACCUGACACAAAGGUUUGGCUUGUUUCAUGUACUAGAUUAUUACUGACUGUUGAAGAGAAAUUAGCAUCAACCCAUAUUUCUUCUCCUAUGUCUAUAUUGUCACUAAGGCGCAAAUGUGCUUCUUUCCACUGGAUAGACACAAUACCGAAUUAUGUUUAAGGAUAGAAGUGAAUGGUUUUGUUGUAAGCAUGGCCUUGAUGCUUUUGACACCUCUUUCCACUAAGAGUCAGCAGGCUGAAGGUGCAGCCUAAUGCUUAACAAGAGACCUUGGCUAAUGUCAGUCUGACUUUCAGCAUUGUCGUCUGCCUUCCCAUACACUAUUUUUAACACCUGCCCGUUUCUAGCUAGGACUGUAUGCUUUCGCAAUUGAAGAUUUAACACGUUAGACACCGAUCCUGAAUAUUUUAAAUGAAUUAGUGCUUUGGCUUUUUGGCAAGUAGGCUGAAAACACAUGGUUUUAGGACCCAAAGCUACACCGUGCGUAUUUUUCACAAAUGUGAGUACUGAAGAUUUAGUGCCCUCUGCCUGUGCCAGAAAAAAUGUUAAUGAAUGAGAUGGCAAGCAAGCCUUAAUGUCUUUCACUUGAACAUUAAGUUAUGUUAAUUUUGUGCCAAUAUAGAGGAACUCAGUCAAGAAGGACUGGUUUUGUGAGUGUAUUAUAAACUGUUUUGAUUAUGCCGUUUUGCUUUUAAUUCUACACACUGCAUUUUGGGCAUUUUCCAAAUGAAUUUCUGAUGUAUAAAGAAUCCUUGCUUUGAUUAUCCAUAUAGGAUUGCAUUCACUGUGAAUGGAUUUAUCCUGUUUCAUGUCUUCAUCUCCUGACAUUACUGUUCAUCAGAUAAACUUUUGUUAAGCAGCCAUUUUAAUGUUUUAUUAAUCACACAGUCACAGUUGUGCCAUGAAAGGACAUCCAAACAAAUAGUGAUGUUCCUCAGGUGUUUACAAUAUUUAGAUGCUUAAAAAUGGUACAUGAAGUUGAAUUGGCAUAAUGUGAAGGUAUAACGUUUUAAACUGAAAUGAUUCGACAACAUUAUGGUAACCAAUUGGACCUAAAGAAAUGUUCUGGGUUCAAUACAGAUAACAGACUUUAUGAUGGUUCCUAAGUGAUUUCUGUUACAGUAUUGUCAUGCUAACAAGAAAUUAUAUUUUUAAUUGUACUAAUUUCAUGUGUUUGUGAAGGUAUAAACAUGUUGCCCAUACAAUCAGAAUAACAGCUUUUGCUGAGAUGUCCUUAAAGGGUAUAUCAUAAUGUUAUUGAGAGUACCUGUUUUCUGUGGUAAUGAACAUAAUGCCACCAAAUGUAUUGAACCUUGAACAUCUUUUUAAAAGUUCAACCAGAAAAGUCCAAAACUGCAGUGAACAUAGCCAUAAGGAGCAAGCUCCAGACUAUCCUAUGGAUAUUUCAGCUAGCUAACUGAGCCUUAUCCUAUGGAUAAGAUCAAACACUGUGCUAGCGAGGCCACAGUGACUCUGAAGAAGAAAUCAGCUUGCUGCCUUAAUACUGUUUACAAAAACGGUUUCUCACUGCAUAUUGAAGUAUGAAAAAUCCGAAUAUUGCCCUUUAUGAAGUAGUAAAAACGAACCUAAAACAAGGUUUCGACUGUGAAAAUAUUUUAAAAUCUGAGGUGUUUGAACUAUCAUAUUACAAUGAUGUGGCUUCUGUAAUAUCCAAAAUUUUUUCAAUCAGCAUUUUUUAUUUACAGUAGACACUCAGCAAGUAACCCGUGAUGAACCCUGAAUAUUUAUAUUUGACUUCUUCAACAUUUAUUUUCCAGUGUUGGCCUCACUAUUAGAGGAAGUGAGCGCCGCGAGAGCUUUAGUUUUCUCAAUCGGAACUAGGCCGUGGUUGUUUUUGCUGAGGUGUUUGUGCUGUCAAACCUAUCGAAAUUACUGCAUUGUUACCCAGAGGAAGAUUUCCUCAUCGCAGCAGUUCACAUCAAUCAUGUGAUCACAGUACUAAAAAGAGGUGCUCUGCCAUAAGCUUUAAAAAUGAAAGUAUACCCGAGGUAUCGCAGCCUACGUUUGUUGCGGCAUGAUCACAGAUUCAGGGGUGUUUACGUUUCCUUGCACUUGGUGCAAAGUAGCACCUCAAACAGCAAAGUAUUUGUUGUGUUAGUGUGUUUUCACUUGUUACAUUUUGGGCACAGCCGGAAUAUUGGGGUUUAUAAACACAGAUGAACAGCACACAGAAAACCGAAGUGCAUUCUUCCAACACCAACCAACCAUCAACACCUGUGGAAUUGUGGCUUACCAAAAAAGAAAGUUUGUGUAAUUCAUAGUGGUUUUGAUGUAUUUUAUAGAUUACAGCGAUAGAUAUAGUCAAAAUGUGGAAAUUCAGUUUAAUGUGCCUGUAAAUUACAAAAUUAAUGAUCCUUGCUGGCUUAAUGGUGGGCAAACAGUAUCCUACAUAUGCUGUAACUAUGAUUAAAGACCAAAUAAUUUUGUUUUUCCAUUAACUUCUGCGGUUCUGUCCCACAAACGUAUACUUAUAUCAGGGACAAUAGCAUAACUGCCUCUUGACUCUUAACACACAUUCCUUUUAAUUUAACUGCUUUGUUAUUGAAAACAGAUUUGUAUUAUGGCAUUAUGUUGGUUCAGAAAACAAUGAUCACUUGCUAUGGGAUCUUUUAAGUCUUUUUUAACACCCGGAAAUUUAUUUGUACUUGUAAAGUGGCAGUGACACCUGUUACUAUUUGUUCUCAUAACCAAUAAAGGCUUUUCAUCAAGGAGA